AUGCUUUCCCCGAGCAGGACCGUCUCCUCCCGGCUGCUCAGGCCGACCUCUUGGAUCCCCAUCCGGCUUGGUUCUGAUGGGAGAGCCGUCAGCACUCUACACAAAGGUACCGACGGUCCCGAUGAAGUUAGCACGCUUGUUUAAUGUGCGUAGAGAGAGCAGCUAGCAUGGAGCUAAUCCCAAAGUGACGCAGUUCAGCAGGAGGGCUGGAAACUUCUGACCUGCUUCAAACUAUGAGAUUAAAACUUUUGUCCUACAGACGAGGGGGAGAUAUAUACAGACAUUUAAAUACACUAAUUGAAGGGCUGACAGCUGAGAGAAUGUCAUUAAACUGACAGAUAUUAAGUAUAUUGUCUAUUCUCUAUUCCAGUGUUUGCAGAGGUGUUUGACAUCUUAACAUUUAGGACAUUUUAUCAUUUUUAUCAGUAUAUAUGAGUACCAUUAGAAGUAGAAGUUGUAGUAGUAAGUAUCCAAGUUUAAUAAACUUUCUUGUGGAAGCUUUUUAUAUUGACCUGCAGUAAAAUGUGGAUUUUCUCAGUAUUUUCUCCAAAAGAACCAUUAAACACCAUCACUCAUAAAAGAAUACAAGAUGUUUUCACGAUCAAAAUAGUAUUUUACAUGUAUUUCCAAGUCACAACUACUUGUUUUCUGUUUAUAUAUUUAAAGUGUCACAUGAAAUUGACUGUAAACAUAUUUCAUAAAUAACACUAAUAACCUUUUGGUGAACUGCGUUUAACAUCCUGUUCCUCCUGACCAUCUUUCAGAAAGCCAAGCAGACAUUGCAUCAGCCAAACUUUUCUGAAACAUGAUUAAAGUCAGCUUGUUUUGCACCUUUCUUGGGCUGUGAGCUGUGGUAUUUAUUAUUUUUGCCAAUAUCAACACUUUUUUGUCAGAUUAUGUGAGUUAGAAUGGUUGGUAUUGAUAUUGUGAAUGUCUUUCAUCUGAGUCAUGGUGAAGCUUUAUAGCACACAACUUUAUAAGUACUAUAUAAAAAAAUCUUUGCAGUCAUCACUUAAAAGUGUUUGUAACUCUUAAUAUGACCUUUUUAUAGUAUUAGAGUACAUAUUUGCUAUUAUUAUAUUGUUUGGUGUUUCCAUAUCGCUUCUUACUCCACAGAGAGAUAAGAUACUAUAAGAUUGAUUGAUAGAUACUUUAUCGAUCCAAUGGGCAAUUUCAACCAUCCAGUAGCAUAUGUAUGUAACAUAGAAUACAAUUAACAUCUUAAAAGCAUUAUAAAAAUAAAAAAAACUUAAAGCAGGAAAUCUGUAAACUUUAAAACUUGAUCAAACUCUGUUAAACCUCUAUAAGAAUUAACAUUUUGUGAGUAUCUUAAAAUUCUGAAUGAAGAACAGAAAAAUAGCAGAGAGAACGGUUCAUGAACUUAUGAACCCAGCUGACAAAUGACUCAGCAGAAACACUCACUGAGAGCAGAGACUCUGAUUAAUCUGAAGGAAGGAAGGAAGCUGGCUGUCUGUGGGUCUGGGGAUGGAAAUUAGAAUAAAGGGGAAGAAAAUGAACCUCUGCUUCUACACUGUCAUUUCUGUGGUUUUCUUUUCUUUUGCCUUUUUUGGUUGUGUGUCUCAGAGAGAGGGUUGAUGAUCCCCACAGUAAAUUUCUUAAGCUGUUUCCUUUUAUUCAGUCAUUAAUGGAGAUUUAUUUGGUCAUUUUCUGGUCAUUUCUUUUUGAACUACCGGUGAACUCCAUUUUUGCUUUUCAGCCCAUUGGCACAUUUCCCAGAUACAAAACCCUGAAGUUAAACUUAGCUCUGAGCUGAUUGUUGAUUUUAAUCAGUCACUACAUUAGUCCUGUGAGAGUAAACUGAAGGACAUUCCUGAAAGAUGUGAAAAUGACCAGCAGACGUUUUACCGCUCAGGCUUAAACACUGACCGUGUUCAGGUUUGGUACUCUGUGAAUCUCUGAUAUACAGAGGUAUUUCCAGGCAAGGUUACCCCUGUAGAGCUUUAGGCAGUGGGCUGUGUCUUACAUCCCCAGCUGUAAAAAGAAACCCUGAUGAUAUCAGGGGACACUUCUGGUCAGUCAAACCUCUGAAUGCGUCUUUAAAAGUAUUAAUAACUGUUUCUGUUGUUGUUUUGUACGGCAGAGUUGAUAAAGAAGCAGGAGCUGGAGAAAGAUGAACCUCGCCCCCUCUACAUGGACUUCCAGGCCACCACCCCCAUGGUAACAUUGCUGUCAGCCAUGAUCUGUUUUAUUCUCAUUUUCCUGUUUAAACUCUUUUGUUUAAAUUCUUGGAAAACUCAUUGAAGGAGAAUGACUAUUCAUAAUAGUUUCGUGGGGAUCAAUAAAGCUGCAGAUUUGAAUAAAAUCAAGCAUGUACAAAUAAAUUGGAGAAAAAUCAGAGAAGGUGAGGGAACAAGAGAGAAAAAUGGCCUAAAAUCAAGAAGACCGAUUAGUGAAAAGGUGAAAGAGCAACAGUUUAAAAUCAAAUAGAUUUAAAAAAUAUAGAAACUAUGACAAAAAAAAAAAAAAACUAUGAUAACAUGAAAAACAAAUAUGUUUCAGAUCAGUGUUAUCAUGGUUUAUGGUUUGACAUGUGUGUGUGUGUAGGACCCCCGGGUGCUGGAUGCCAUGUUACCUUACCAGGUGAAUUACUAUGGCAACCCUCACUCUAGGACACAUGCCUACGGCUGGGAGAGUGAGACCGCCAUGGAGACGGCCAGAAAGGUAGAGAGACUUUGACUUUUCAUAGACAGUUGAAGGUAAAUUUCAACAAUCAAAGUUUGUUGAUGUUCAUUGUCAUCAUUUCACCAAAUCUGACUUAACGAAAGAGAGAGAGAGACUGACCCGUGUGCCCUCGAUCCCUCCCUCUCCCCUUCACUCUCCGAGCAGCAGGUGGCUGAUCUGAUUGGAGCAGAUCCCAGAGAGAUCAUCUUCACCAGUGGAGCUACAGAGUCCAACAACAUGGCCAUCAAGGUCCUGCCCUGCUUCUUCUCCUCAUCAUCACUCAUUUAUUCACUUGAUAAAUUCAACUUCCUCAUAUUAGUUCAACAAAGUGUAAAUACAUUUCCUGAUAAUAACUGCCUUGAAGCACUCUUCAAAACAAGACAUUAGAAGUGCUUUAACCCGGACUAAAGAGAACAGAAACAGCCUCAGAACCCUGAAAGACACUGAAAGAAAAUUUCACAUUAAACUCACAAGAAAGAUGAAAAACAUAGAGAACCUGUUUGAAGAACCCCCCUGAGAUAAAAAUGAAAUGAUUUACCUUCAGAUUGUUUUAUUUCUGUUUCCACCUGUAAAUGAAUGUUUUUCGAACUUAGUUUUUACUCUCUGUAAAAUCUCUCUGGUUUUGGAUUGUCUGCUGCCUCCUGAAACAAUCCAGAGGUGAUCGAAAACACUGACAUGACAGAUGAGCAGGCUGCAGUGAUGUGUGAUCAGUUUAUUCUGUCAAACACUGAAGGACAGCAGUGUGAGAAUUGACUGUUUUUAAACCAACUAUCCCGGUAAAAAGAGAUCAGGUCGGCUGAUAGUCAGUAUUUAAUGCUGAUAUCACAUGUUGUUGUUCAAAACAGCCAUAUGUGUGUGUUUGGUAUUAAAAGAAGGAGGGGUUACAGUUUCCAGUUUAUCUGUAAAAACCUCAAACAGAUACGACUCAAGAAGGCUUGGUCCAGUAUUUACACAGAAGACGGACAAAAGAACCAAAUCCAGUUUUGUAACAGCUCAGUGUUACUUUUUUGCAGAGUUGUUUAUGUUCUGAUGAGGAGGUUAGAUGAGACAGAGUGAUAACAAAAGCCGAGAUGUUCUCUCUGCUGAAAAUUCAGCUCAGUUUGAACAGUUCACUCUUUGGUUUUUGGAUAAAUUCAAGCACCUUCACUGACCUUCAACCUUCAAUUGGACCUGUUGGUUUUGUCUCCUGUAAACAACAGCGCUGUUUAAAACACAGCACGCAGUUUUAACCCAGUUUGUCCUCCUCCUCCUCCUGCAGGGCGUGGCCAGGUUCUACCAGAGCAAGAAGCGUCAUGUGAUCACCACGCAGACUGAACAUAAGUGUGUUCUGGACUCGUGUCGAGUUCUGGAGUCUGAAGGUUUCGAUGUUACCUACCUGCCAGUCCAGACGAAUGGACUCCUGGACCUGGAGGUACACAACCUGAAGAACAGAGACUGGAUACAAGUCACAUGUGCAGAGAUCAUACAGACCAACAGAGACUACUGUCGAAUUAAAACAACUCUGUGUGUGUGUGUGUGUGUGUGUGUGUGUGUGUGUGUGUGUGUGUGUGUGUGUGUGUGUGUGUGUGUGUGUGUGUGUGUGUGUGUGUGUGUGUGUGUGUGUGUGUGUGUGUGCGUGUGUGUGUGUUUUUGCUCAGAUGCUGGAGGCCUCCAUCAGACCUGACACUUCUCUGCUGUCUGUGAUGAUGGUCAACAAUGAGAUCGGAGUCAAACAGCCCAUCAAGGAGAUCGGUAGUGUAGUCACCAUCAUUUGAUCUCUAAUGCUCUUUGUGUUUUUCAGAUUCAGAUGUCUUUUAUUUCCUUCAUCAACAUGAACUCUCCUGUCCUCAGGGAAGAUCUGUAGCUCCAAAGGCGUCUUCCUCCACACUGACGCCGCUCAGGCUGUUGGAAAAGUUCCCAUCAACGUCAGAGACUGGAAGGUUGAUCUGAUGUCCAUCAGCGGCCACAAGAUCUACGGACCCAAAGGUGAGCCAGAGCAGCACUGCUUAAGUGAGGAAGUACACGUCACUGUUACACACUGAUUACUCUACAUUAGCAUGCAGAGGAUGAGAUAAACUAAGAGUCUUUUGUCAACAGAGGGCGCCAAAAUCAACAAGAACCUUAAGUUCCUCACAGGACAGGAGCUUUAGAUGACACAAUAUUUGUCCCUGUAAAUUAUUUCUAUUUAUUGAUUUUUGUCCCGUUAUCUGAAAUAAUUCAGAAAUUAACUGUUAAAAAAGAAAAAAAAACACAAGACAAAUUCUGGGGUUCAGAUUAUGAGAACAUGUAUUCAGGGUGGUUUUAGGCAUUAACGUGUUUUAGAUGGAUGUUAAGGGGCUAAUGGUGAAUACAAGUCCUCUGGGUUAUACUAUAUAAAUUUCAGGUAUCUAUGUCAGAGUUGAUGUGAAGUGUUAAACUGGAUUUGUCUAAACAUCAUAAGAGAUUUCUUAUUUCAGCCGAAACAGUGGUUCAGUUCUUCAGGGUUAGAUUGUCUCCAUGCCUGUGUGUUUGUAGGAGUGGGUGCUCUGUUCGUGCGUCGCCGGCCUCGCGUACGUUUGGAGCCUCUGCAGAACGGGGGCGGGCAGGAGAGAGGGCUGCGGUCAGGCACCGUUCCAACCCCGCUGGCUGUUGGUCUGGGAGCCGCCUGCAACAUCGCCAAACAAGAGCUGGAGGUAAAGGAAACGCAGCGAAACAUCCAGAGACUCCAAACAUUUAGAUUUACAAACAUGCAGAGACUCAACAAUCCAUUUGAACAUAGUAUGUAAGUGUAUUUCUGUGUGUGCGUGUGCAGUAUGAUCAUCAGAGAGUGUCCAUGCUGGCGAAUCGUCUGGUCCAGAAGAUCAUGUCAGAGAUCCCAGACGUCAUCAUGAACGGAGAUCCAGAGCAGCGCUACCCUGGUACACACAACUCUUUCACAUUAACACGCCUAGAACUCCGUUAAACACCGUUCAACUGUCACAGCAGUGGAGGAGGGUGAUAGAGUCCUCUCCUGACCUGUUGUUUUUUUCCAGGCUGUGUUAAUUUGUCAUUUGCCUACGUGGAGGGAGAGAGUCUGCUGAUGGCGCUGAAGGACGUCGCUCUGUCAUCUGGGAGGUCAGAAACUAAACUCUUGUUCCUUUGGUUAUCAAACUGCACAUUUCACAAUCAGAAGAGUUUGAAAGAUUUUAUUUGUGAAAGAAUCACGUGGAAAGAAACACCUUCAACGUAUUUGUCAGACCUCACGUGUAAAAAGAGGGACAUUUGCUCUGAAAGAACUUUGUUUUUAUUCAUUUGUAACUCAUCACAGGAGUUUUUUGGCAUGUUUUAGAGAUGAAUAAAUCUUUGAUUGUGUUCUUGCAGCGCUUGUACGUCAGCGUCUCUGGAGCCGUCAUACGUCCUCAGAGCGAUAGGAGCAGAUGAAGAUCUGGCUCACUCUUCCAUCAGGUAAGACUGCAGCAGAAACAGCUGUUUUUUAUGUUUUCCACAGCUGAUUCAUGAAGAGUGUUGCAGACAUGAAUGGAAUAAUGAGUUUUUGGGGCCGGUGUGGAUGAGACUAUGAUUGUGUUUGUGCUUCAGCUGAGAGACACACACAUGAAUAUAACUCUGCGUGUGUGUUUGUUUGUGUGUGGGUGUGUCUGUGUGUGUUAGGUUUGGUAUUGGCAGGUUCACCACAGAGGAGGAGGUGGACUACACAGCAGAGAAAUGCAUCCAGCAGGUCCGCAGACUCAGAGAGAUGAGGUGAGACCAGCAAGGAUGAAUGAAACCUGAUGUGGACGUACAGUAUGAAUGAUAUCCAGUGAGGAUAAAGGAUUAGAUGUUGUCCAAACUCCACCUCCAUUCACAUUUUCAGCUUCAAAAGUCAAAGCUGAAAAUGAUGAAGUCGAAAUAAUCUCCAGUAUUUUAGCAAAAGUUGAUUACAUUAAGACCCUGAGUUUGAUACUCGAUACUCAACGACGAUACUGUUCAAUAUUUCUGAAUAUCCACCCUACCCAAAAACAUUAUUUUGGGUGAAUGAAUUAUUUUAACCUGUUUCUCCCAUCGCUCUCUCUCUCUCUCCCUCUCUCUCUCUCUCUCUCUCUCUCUCUCUCUCCCUCUCUCUCUCUCUCUCUCUCUCUCUCUCUCUCUCUCUCCCUCCUCUCUCUCUCUCUCUCUCUCUCUCUCUCUCUCUCUCUCUCUCUCUCUCUCUCUCUCUCUCUCUCUCUCUCUCUCUCUCUCUCUCUCUCUCUCUCUCUCUCUCUCUCUGUUUUCAGUCCUCUGUGGGAGAUGGUUCAGGACGGAAUCGACCUGAAGAGCAUCAAGUGGACGCAGCACUAG